AGUCAUCCAUGUCCGCUCAUCUGCUCAUGUAUGUCCCUGUGGUGCGGUUUCCCGUGGAGUGUGUGACCUUUUUCCUUCUGUCUUUUAAAAAAUAGGAGAGAAACAUGCGUGUGUCAGUUAAAUAUGACGAAGUGGUGAUGUGCGCAAAGACAGCAGUCAGAGAUUUGCUACCAUACGCCAACAUUUAAGCAUUGUUUUGUUUAUUUAACUGAGGUAAGCAACAAAUAUAUUGCAUCAGAUAAAUAGCCUGGACAUAAUAAUACAAUAUAAUAUAAUGUUUUUUAUUAUACUGGAAGUAUACCAUAACAAAGGAGCAGCGCUAUUAAGAAACCCAUGCGUCAUACUGUUUGCGUGUUUCUGCGCAGGAUGCUGCUCACAUGUUACUUCCCUCGCGCAUAAAUGACAGACACUUCUCGUGCCAGCCGGGCUCAUUGACGUCAAUGGAUUUCAGCACACACACCCUACGUGGCCAGGAGGCGGGGUCCGCCACCCGCCACCCUUCCCCCCCUCCUCACCCUUCCCCGCGAUUGGUCGACUUAAAGCCGUUUCCCAGCCCCGACAGGAGGGCUCAGAAGAUCUCUCCCCCCUCAUUGGUCGGAUGACGACAUUGAUUUUGUGAUGGAUGGUCGACUCAAGGACAGAAAUUGGUUGCAGGUGAAACUGGACAAACGUACUGUCCUGCUGCAUUUCAGCCAUUGUAGGAGCUUUUACUGAAGAGGAACGGGGAUGCAGAGGGAGAUGCUUUAAGAGCAAAGCGCACUGGAUCUAUCAGUUCAUCUUUGGGUGAGCAGAAGUUUUUUUAUUAUCGCAUGACUCUCACGGGACUCCUGUUUACUGCCUUUUACGCACAGCGUAAUGAAAGCCAGCACAGGCAGUACUAUUAGAGCCAGUUUAUGCCACCUUCUCCAGUGUUUCUCCGGAUGGAUACCGGACCCGCCUCCCCUCCUUCCUCCAUGGUGGCGGGCCCUUCCUCGCUGUGGCGGCUGGCUGAGAGGAGGAGCCGAAAGGCUGGCUCGGCGAACAUUUUCAGCAACGUGAAUCUGUGGCAGCUCCAGAGACUGUUCAGGGCAGCGGGGGAUCAGGAUGCUGAGCAGAGGGCCCAGCUGGUUUGGGGUCACAGAGAUGAGGCAGAACUGGCUCAGGCCUUGAUAGGACUGAGGGCCCGAAGUCACAGGAGAGGGCUGAGGGCUAACGGGAGAGAGGCACUGGGCUCACACUGGCUACGAGCCUUCAAUCACCUCAGGAUCGGGGAAAGCUCACCAAGCAGCCAGGGAAAGGAUCCAGGUGAUGACAGUGAUCCCGAGGCAGGAGCACACAGCAGUCCAGAGCCUCGCCGACACACUUCCAUAGGGACAACAGGAAGAGGUACAGGGGCCACAGUGGUACUAACUGAGAGCCAGGGCCCUGCAGGGACUUCUGAGAGACCAGUCAGGACCAGCUCAGGACUGAGGAGAGGAGGAGAGAACAACCCAGAGAGAUACCUCCACAGAAUACUCCACUGACUUGACCAAAACACUCUGAGAUGCAAAAACAACUUUCAGCCUGUGAGUCUCGCAGCACUCCUUCAUUCUGCACAGCCUGCGUGUCUCUCCUGAAUACAGUGUUCACAAAUUGGAGCUAGGUUGAAUGAACUUGUUCUUCUUUACAAGUAACGCUGUAUUGCAGGUUGAAAGAAUGGAAUAGUUUCUUAUAAUGCCAUAAUAUCUGGUCUUUUAAUGGCACUGAUCAGAUGGCUGUAUACUGACACUGCACUGUAACUUGUUACGCACACAUAUCUCUACCUGAAUAAUGAAGGCAGUCCAAACCUCUGACUGUAUCUUGUGGUUACCUCUCAAAACUGCCUUAUGUGUUCUCCAUCCACACUGAAUAUCAUGGACAGUGAUGUGGUGUUUAAGUAGUUUUAUCAUUGAUUGGAGUUAGUGUUGUGAUCACUUUGCGAAUAAGCCAUCAUGACCUUAUUUGAACUAUAAGGCUGAAAGCACUGAUAUCAUAAUGCACUGGUUCCCAACCUGGGGGUCCCAAACCCCAUUAAGGGUCGCCAAAGCUUGAUGGGGGGGGUUGUUAGGCCUUCUUGAUUUUAAGGAUUGUAAGAAAACUUUUUAAAAAGAUAUACAGUAGGCCUAUAUCUUAGCAUUUUGUUCAUUUCUGUGAAGAAAACUGAAGUGAAUUGUCAUAUUUAAAGUUCAGAUUAUUAUUAAAGAUAUAAACUGAAAAAAACUCACAGGACAAGGGCACACCGAAGUUCUGGGGUCUCAUUUAUAAACAUUGUGUAUGCCCUAAACAAGGCCUGUAAGGGGUGUCAGGGCUCGACAGUGCGAACGUUUCACUGGCAUUUGCGACUAAAAAUAGGUGUGUGUGAACUGUAAAAAAUAUUUAGGGGCACAUGUGCACAUGAAAAAAUCAGCCGAAGCAGCCUAUAUGUGCAUGUGUGGCUGCACUGUGGAUGUGCUUAUCAAUAAUUACAUCUACUUCCUGUACCACAAAAGCCAGAUAUGUAGAUACAUGACGUUUCAGCUGUACCCACUGUGUCCCUGGUUGUAGGUGUGGUACUUAACGCAAUACUAAAAAUGUUUAAGAGUGCAAUGGGAGCAAUGUUAGAUGUCAUGGCAUGUAGAAAUGCAUGUCCAUGUCGCACACACUUACAUAUGAUGACUCAGUAAGAGUAACUUCUGCCAGUCACUGGUUUGUAGCUAUUAAAAACAAGUGUCAGAUGGUUGACGCAGCCCAGAGACCAAAAAUAAUGAAUAUCAGCUGCAAGGCCAAACUCAAGAAAUGUCACUUGCUAUCCAGGGAAAGACGAACUUGAAAAAGUAAUGAUGUCAUGUUAAAUCGUUCAUAGUCACGGUGUGAAAACCCACUCUGCCUAUGACAGACUGUAAGUCACUAACCUUGAUGAAGCUUUUUGAUAAUACUGUUUGAUGUGUCAUUUUUAGGUUUGUGGUAUUAAAGAAGUGAGUCUUUGUUUUGUUUGUCUUGUUUUAUAUGUAUACUGUGACCAUUUGAAAUAAAAGAAAAACAUUUUCAGAAA